AACCAGCCACUUGCGCACACACACCGAAGCGUAUUGUUUUUAGCAGGCGCAUAUAAGGACAGGGGGAUAAGGUGCGCGGCGAGGCGGGGUGCAGACAAUGUUUGGCCCAUGUUUGGCUGGGGCUGGGAUGGCGUUUCUCCGUCAGUUUCAAAUCAACACUGUGCCGAGACGGUUCGCAAAGACGCAGCACGUCGUCGGUCCGAUCUGUUGCGCUGUCCGAGUGGAGUUGUCGCGAGUGGAGGGUGAACCUCCUGUUUUGCGCCCUUCGUGCGGCGUUCGGUGGGAGGUCUUUUGUUUUGGAAGGAAAAUUAGCUGGUGCUUGUUUGUUCUUGGCAAUCGAAAUGAGAACACAGCCAUGAGGUGAUCAGUGAUUAAUUAAAAUUGUCGAACAAUUCACAAUAGCUGCAUUUCAUCAACGUUUGAACGUCAACCGCACAGUUGCGCCUCAAUUGAAUACCAAAGAAGACAUCCGGUACAUGACAUUGGUCGGCAACAGGGAUGUGGCGAAUAAUUGGCUUGUAACACCAUGGAAACGAUCAAAACUCUGUUGCUACAAUCGUCACCGGGUGCUGGUCCUACUAUCAACACAGAUCCGGAUUAUGCGCCACCACACCGGAAGACAAUGCAAGAUCCUUUCGGAAGCUCAGUUCACGGUCGGGAUGGACUCACGUUGUCUCCGCUCAUACCAGCAGUUACCAGCGUUUGUGAGUCCGACGAUGGUAUGAUUGACGACAGUGUAUCGCAAACGACAUCGUUGGAAGAUUGGAAGGAAGAAUCGUCAAGGCUGCGUACAACGGGAGGUGUUGAUUUUAUCCAUCCAAAACUAUCCAAACUCAAGCAACCGCCAGUCAUUGUGGGAGUUGCUGUGAAGCGCAGCCUUCGCAAACCUCCGGAAGUAAUAACAAACAGUGUGGCCACCGUGGCACCAGUCACACAGCCUGCUCCGAUUAAAUCUAGUACCCUAGAGCGGUGGCAUAAGGAUAUUUUUGAAACACCAUCUACCGCACUGCCGCAUGACGGUUGGAUGAGGAAUAAAGUCGAGGAAUCGUUUUCGAAAAGUGGUUAUAAUGCCGAGGGCGACGAAUUAUCUAUCGACGGCGGAGAAGAGUUGAAGAUUGAUAGGCCACAACAAUGCGCCUCGGCUGUAAAUGAGGUCGUCGAUAACGGUGAAGAGAUUGGUCCGAAAGAUAAUGGAAGUGAUAACGAUUUGAUCGAUUUGAUCGAUUUCAGCAGUGAUCAAGAAGAGCCUGCAGCAGAACCAAACGAAACGCCGGUGCAAAAAACGCUAGCGAAAGAAUCCAACGGGCUACUGGAAGCUACACCGCCUGAAACGCAAAUCGGACCCGUCACCGGAAGUGGUCGGGUGAAAAAGGUGACAUUUUUGUUAGAUGAUGAUCCAUUUCGGCAUUACGACAGCGAUAACGGGUCGGAUAGCGUGAAGCAUCCUCGCGGCGAGUCAGAUCUGCCAGAUAGCGAAGUCUCCGAGGAGGAGGAGGAAGAGGAAGAAGAGACUACGCGGAUUAAUGGAGAGGUGCUAGACAUCGAUACCGAGAGCGUUUGCGAGCAGUGGGUAUCGGUCGAUGAAAGCGAUCCUACCAGCAGCGGGCGGAAGGUAACUCCAAAGCACCAUCCACCCUGCCUGCUUCGUAAUGAAAUAUCAACAGAGACUGGGCAAACAGAUGACAGUGUUUUGCGCGCCGCGGAUGAGGCGGCGGGACGGGCCGGGGUAAACGUCAAUGGCAAGCAGAGCGCUGCUGAGAGUGGUCACGUUGACAGUGAAGCUGCUGGAAGAUGGAGUCCCCAACGGUUGCGAGCGAUGGACGGGGACGAGCAUGGAGCAUCGGAGCACGAUGCGUGGCUGGAAACGGAAAUGGUUCAGCGCGCAUGCUCCUCUCCAUUACACGCCGAGAGUGAGAGUCAUCGUCAUCGUCAGCGGCAUCAUCAUCAUCAGCAUCGCCGUCGUCACGAGCGCCAUCGCGAGGAGCAGUCUACCGUCGCCAUCUGUCCAGCAGCCGUGGCAGCAAAUUCCGAUGGUGGAGCAACCACCAGCACACAGAGAAUCGAUGAAACUCUCGCGUGCACCCUCCGACCGUCGGGAGCGGGCGGACACGGGGCGAGAGCGUCGCGUGCGGAUGUUUGCCGAGCGAACGCAUGCGCCGGAACCGAAUCGAUCAACGGCGAACGGCACAGGAAACACCAACACCAACAGGGCAGCCUGGUGAAACACGACCCUCACGACGGCGGACUGAGUGUCAAAGGACGGCCCGAGGCUAGCGAUGAUGGAAGCAGCAGCAGCAGUAGUAGUAGUUGUGACGAGCGUGGUGUAGUAACGUUGAGCAAUGUGAAGCUUUCUUCCGUACCGAUCGAUGAACGGCUCCAGCACGCUGGUAGUGACAUUGAGGUUUGUUGCAUCGAUGGACGUGAUUUGCAGACGCACCAUGAGCACGACAAUCGUGGGCAGGGUGUGCAGCGCGUAGUGACACCAGCAAACGCUCGACAGUGGCCAGUGGUAUCGGACGGGAGGGUUUCUGCAACUUCGCAGCGGAGGAAUAGCAGCGCUGGUGAGCGCGAGAGAAUCGACGAACGGUGUUACGUCGACGAUGGUGGCGAGGGACAACACCAGCAGCGACCAGAGAGCACCAGUCUGUUGCGAGGAUUAGAGUGCGUCAGUGCCAGCAGCUUACCGUGGCAGGCUGUUGGUUCCAGCGGUGAGGACGAAGAAGAAGGGAAGCGACGGUCCAAAGGCCUAGGGCAGCAGCGCCAGCUGGCCCCGAACGGUGCCGUCGCUCGCACGGUGCAAACCUGUCCAACGGAGUGUGAAGAAAAAUCGACGCAGGUGUCAGCGAAGGGACACGGGGCGCGAACCACGGGCCCUUUAUCGUCGGACAGUGAGAGUGAAAAUUAUUACGGUACGUGCUCACCGCCGACCGUAGAAGGGGUCAGCCAGCAUCGUCCCUGUGCAAAUCAGCACGAGUAUCAUCCGGAAGGGAGGGAGUGUCCUUCCUGCACACAGCACAACUCGACCUCCUCAUCGCUGCUGGUGGAGGUAACACUCAGUGCGCACAUCUGUGUUCAUCAUCAGCAGCAGCAGCAGCAGCAGGCUCCGUUUUCCUUUGGGGAAACAAGUAACUCCUGCCACUGCAGUGAAAACUCGCGAGUGCUCAGGGACAGUGCCACCAGCACACAGGACCGGGAGGGUGACGGCAAUUCGGACGGGAGCAGCUCCCGAACGGGGGAUAUCCAGUCGCGUACGGGCCACCGUAACAACCCGUCCAGUGCGGACAGUGGAAUUAUUAUUAUCGACGAUGACGUCGAUGGUGGUGCAGCGAGUGACGAAAGAAGCUUUCCGUGUCAGCAGCGAGUAGGCGACGAACAGGGGGGUGUGAGCAUUGUGAAAGGUCCUGGCGAGCGAAGGGACCAGCACCAAGGCACACAGACGGGACCAUUCGUUGAGCAGUUUAUUGACAGUGAAAUCCGUCCCCAAGGAUUGCCAGACCACGGCCCAGAGCAGGAAGUGUGCGAAGGCGUGAGUGUUGGUGAGCGCGUACAAAGCGAUUCGAGAAGCAAGUGUUCGUCCACAGUUUCCGUGUCGAUAGAGGGAUACCACCCUGCGCAAGACGACACCAGUGAUAGAGCGAGCGGUGAGGCGGCGGAAGCUCCCAGCGGUGGCAUCGAGUGUUUUGAGGCGAGCCAGCGCCUGAAGCGUCUGGAGGAGCGAUUUCGUGGCUUUGCCUACACUAAGAAGCUUUUCCGCGAGUCACUUUCGCACGACACGCCUGGUCUUGGGGCGGGCGGUGCGCGGCGGUACGGCGAGGCGCCCCGCUCGGUUGGGGGAUCGCUGCCCUCGCUGCUGGUGUGCGCAGGCCAUCCCGACGCUCGCUCGUCGUCGACGGACUAUGCCAACACCAACACACUCGCAGCAGGCUCUCCAUCGUUGCGUGCGUCCGCGGAAGAUGCUGCGAGAGGCCACGGUGGUAGCGAUGCGAACGUGACGCUCUUGCGUUCACCAACACACCAACGCAGCCGGAGAGGAUUAUUGUCGUCAGCGUCGACGUCGUCAUUGGGAUCAUCAUCGUCAUCGCCGCGAGGAUUCGGGGCUGUAGUGGCAUCGUCAGCAGCUUGCUCAGCAUCCGAAAGCAGUGAGCGAAAGUCUGCCAGCAGUGGUCGCGGCAGCAGUGCGCUACUAGCGUCGAGGAAAACAUCCUCGCUCAGUUGUUUACAGCAGGACGCAACCCGAGACGAGGAUGACACGGAGAGCUAUCUGCUGAGCAACAGCAAAAGCCACGGCAGUAAUCGGGCGCCACACGCCACGUCGCAACCGUCGCCAUCAACAUCUCUCAACCGAACGGCGAGAGCAUCCUGGACUAGACCGAUCCUGCCACCGCUGUCCUCGUCGUUACUGUCACUUUCUGCGUCCUCGUUGCUUUCGCUGUCCUGCCUGGAUCUAGCGCGACAGAGCAGACAAAGAACCGCCAGCCAAGAACCAUCCUGCACAAAUCAGGAGGGGGAGAUUGCCGAAGGGCACCGCGAAGGGCAAGAGAAGAACAAUAACAGCCGUGCGGAGGAGAACGGAUUAUCGAAGGCUGUCUCGUUGCCCUCGUUACUGGCUCCCGUGGUACAGCAGCAAGGGCCGAGCGAGUGUAUCGUAGAGACAGUGCGAGGCAGUGCGGCGGAGACAGUUAGCCCAGCACGUUGUGCCUCGACCGCGGAAACCAUCCCACUCGGCAGUCGUAACCAGCUGCUGCGGUACCAGCGACAGCCACGGGCCGUCGAGGAAUUGCGACGAAACACUGACACGCCGGAGAGCAGCGGUGCUGAGUCGGAAGAAAUCUGUAAAAUAUUUCCUGGCGGGAAGGCUCGCGUUGCGGAUCCGCUCGAGGUGGUUGAGACGGUAGUGAUUGGUGGAUCCACCGAGGAAGAGGACAACGACGACGACGAGGAGGAGGAGGAGGACGACGACGACGAGGAAGACACCUCAGGGCACAUUGUUCUCAGUGGCGUUGGCGAGGACAUUCUCAACAACAACCAUCGCCACUAUCUGGGCGGCGAAGAGGCCGAUACGGUACGGGGGGACGAGUUUGGGCGGCUGGAAAAGUUGCUGGCGGCCGAUCCGCAUACGAACUGCGAGUUCGACACGCGCCAUUUGCAGGACUACGAGCCGGAAGUGUAUCGGAUUAAGUACUGCUACGAUGAGCUCGAGGAGGAGCUAGAGGAGCAGCAAGAGCGGGCGGCAGCUAACGAUCUGCUGGUGGUGCUGCGUGGUCCAGCCCGUCCACUGCCGGUGGGUCCGCCUCCAGCAGUGCCUCCACCGCCACCGCCGCCACCGAAAGGGGUGCGAGUAGUGUCGGUCGGUGACAGGCAAAGUGCAAUCUAUUCAACUCCGCGAUUCGGUGUCACAGUGUCGGGGGCAGAAGUGCAGUGCAGUGGGGCAGAAGGUCGUGCCGUGGGUACGCGUGGGGAAGCAAGUGCUGCUACAGUAUUGCCAGUGUCGUUAGCCAGAAUCGCUGACGCAGAUUCAAGCGAGCCAGGUUCGGCCAGUGUGGUGGUGGUAAACGGUCCGGCCAGUGUCCCAGGCGGUAGUGCGAGUGGUAGUGUUAAGACGGGCGAGGCGGAGGAUCGUGAUAUACCACCUCCACCACCGCCACCGAAAGCGCGCGCCGGGGUCGCGCGUAGCUUUGACGGUUGUGGGUGCGUGAUCGAGGCGAUCCCGCUGUAUCGUAGUGAGGUGGAAGCGUUUGCCGCGGGUGGGGGCGCGAUGCGUGAGACGGCGACCGGGACCCUUCGGGGGCUGCUGAAGAAACCGAACCGGCCACCGCCGGUGCGUAAAAAUCGCGUAGUGUUCGACGAAACGCGCAAUGAAUUCUUCGAAGCGGAUUACAUCAUACUGAUACGGGAGGACUGCCCGUACGACGAGGAGGACGAGGAGCCAUGCACCUGCGGUGAACACGAGCUCGUUCGAAUAUGUUGUGACGAAGGCUGUAACUGUGGCUACACGGAUGAUGGACGAACGCCACCGAGUCCGAAGUUUGCUCCCCCGAUCGAGUUUGUCGACCAGGCCACGCUAAGCCCCCCGGAGGGCUACAAAGAUGGCAGUGGGCUGCUUGACAAUGCACUCGGUGGAGCACUCGGUGGGCAUGUCUUCGGUGCACAACAUAUUCAGCAGCUCCAGGUUAUCCAGCGGCUACAGCAGCAACGGGCUGCCAUGUUGGCAGCCAGAGCUGCUGCUGGCCAGCAGGGACAACAAACGGGCACCGCAGGCCAAGGCCAGGCUGGUUCCCAACCCGUCUCCGCUAGUCAACAACAGCAGCAGCAACAGCAACAACAGCAACAACAGCAACAGCAGCAGCAACAACAGCAGCAGCAGCAACAACAGCAGCAAGCGCAACAAGCAGCUGUGUGCACCGAGUGUGCUGAAUGUGCUGAAUGCGCUGCUAAACAGAUGCAUGACGAAGAAUGUGACUCUCAAUGUUCGGACGACAUUUCGCCAAUGCUGGAGGCUCCGCUGCCACCCCAUGCCACCCUUCCGAUCGCGCUGGUGCCCUUGACAAAGUCCUCGCCGGAACGACGCAUUACGCAAAAGGAGAUUAUAGCCGGCGAGGAAAGGCCUAAGUUCCUUACCAUCAAACAGGUGCAGGAUUCCGGUUCGCAAGAUGGUGACGGUAAGGGAGGAGGUGACGACAGCGGUGCGACGGCAUCCCAAACGCCCCAGCGCUACAUCGUGGAAACAAUUACGAUGACCACGGUGACCGAGCGCCGGAUCGUGCAAAAGGAGCAGGAGCAGGAUUCGCCGACGCGGCCAAAGCCUGGCCCGACCGGUAGUGGAGGUGCAGUCGAGGGUUCGACGGUGGCCAACACCACCAGCACCACCUCCAUACCAACAGUGAUGUCUGCCUUAUCCACCACGCUUUCACCUAUCGUUCCAGCAGGCAACGAAGGUGGUUCGACCGCAGUACCGACGGUGGCCGGUGGUGCCCCGGGCACUUCGCUCGCAACCUCAGCCGCCAGCCACGACUACCGAUCUCUUCAGCAGCAGCAGCAGCAACUGCAGAAGGGUCUACGUACGGGACAGCCAAUGGCCGGUGGUGAAGGAAGUGCCUCGCAGCAACAGCAGCAACAAGCGCCGGGCGGUGGCACAGGUCAGUACGAGCCGGCCAAACAUAAGCCACUAAGCACGGCGCAGGCGAUAAGUGGCAUCCUCAAGGGAGGCAAGCUGUGGAAAAACGAACAGCAACAUCAUCAGCACCAGCCACAGCAACAGCAGCCACAGCAACAACAACAGCAGCAACACCAAGCACACCAGCAGCAGCAGUCGACCGUUCAGAACGACGACUCUACAGCAGUGACCUCGGAUGAAGAAACGAGCUCGAAGCGUUCGGUACGUUUCAACGAGGAGUCAACGAUCCGUGAGGCGUGCUGCGACGGCGAGGUACAAUCUGGGCUGGGCGAGGGUGAAAUGGGUACCUGCCGAGCGAUCAACUACAUGUCGGACACGCUCAAGCGCCACUCGUCGGGACUGUUCCACAACGCGCUGCGGCCCAACUCGGCCGUACGUCAGCUCUUCCCUAGCAGCGCCAUUCAGCCUCUGCUUACAACGGCCAGUUCCGGCACGGGUCCAACAACGCCCAGCGCCUCGGCGGGCACUGCCACCUCCGCCUGUUCCAAUGCUCAAACUCUGUGCACGACAAGUGCUGCCGGUGGCGGAGCGGCCAUGUGUCCAGCUGCCCUCAGCGCAGCACACUCGACCGUGCUGACGCAGGAAGCACUGAAGGCGUUUGACGAUGCGAAGAAAGCGGCUGGGCUGGUGCAUCAGCACAGUCUGACAAGCAAUUCCGGUAGCAUGAGCAAUAUACCGAACAGUGCGGCAGCUGCGCUGGCACUUUCGGCUACGGCGGGCACGGCAGUGCCGGGUGGUGGUCCGGGCGAAACGGACACCAUACGGCGCUCGAUUGAACGCAACGCUUUGCGAAGAUCGCUGAUCAAGUAUGAGCCAAAGAAGAAGAUCCCGGUGAAGGAUGUUACGUCGCUGGAGGAGCGCAUCCGACAGCUUACAUGCGACAUUGACGAUCCGAUCGAUGAGACGGGUGGAGGUGAGGGUAGCGAUCAGGCGGGUGACGGAGAUCUCAGCGAGAUGGAGCGUCGGGACAGUCCGGCCGGUGAAGAGAACCCGCAGCAGCCGAAGUACAUCCCAGAUAAAAGCUUCUCGCCCAGCUCGUCCGCAUCGAGCUCAAGUAGCGGUUCGAACGGGUCGACCUACAAGAAGAUCACCGACCUGUUCCAUCGCGAUAGACGGCAGGAGAAGAUACCGGAAGCGGAUGAAAACCCGAUAGUCAUCAUACCGCAGGACUGCCGUUGCCCGGCGGGUCCGGACAUUGGAAUGGGUGUUCAAAUUCAGGGUGCACACACACAAAUCCAUCAGCCUCCGCAGCAGCGACACGUGGACUCGCGGCGCCAGUUCCUGUCCACGCUUGCCCCACUGACGGCGUGUGUGGCCGGGCAGCGUGACGAUCUGUCCUACUACACGCUGGCGCAUCCGGGCGAUCGUAGCUCGAUGGCAAGCUCGCAGAGCACCGAGUACAGCAUCGGAGACAUCGACGCCGCACUGCACGAUGACGACGGGAAGAAGGUGGCACCGGACGUGAUUGCCGGAACGCCCGGGCAAGAGUCGGACGAGUUAGCGGCAUUCGUGCAGCAGGAAGGCGCUCGUACCGAGCGUCUGAAGAAGCGGUACAGUGCGGAAACGUCGACUUCCGCGCCUGCUUCCGGCGCCGGUUCCGACGAUGACGAGCAGAACGACUACGGGUUCAACUCGCGGCCCUCGGUGCGGGGUAUAAAGCCGCGCUUCGGCUCCACUAACGAAAUUCUGCAACAAAUGCAGGCCCAGCUUGCGGCCCCAACACCUCCGCAGACCAAGUCUCAAUCGACCACGGUACCCGCCCAAACGCAACCGAUCCAAUCGAACACGCUGCCCCGGCCAAGCAUGCAUGUGGCGGCGGCCAAGCAACAGAUCACCACACACCAGCACACGGCCUCCUGGAGCUACUAUCCUGCCGUGGACCCAGCGACCCAGUCAAAAGGAGUCGCCCAACAACCACAGCAACCGGCUGGCACGGUACAGCAAGCGCCAGGUGCUACGGUACCCGCGGCCACACAGCCCAACAUGCUGGCGGCUGUCGAUCCGCAUGGGAACUAUUACCACAUACCGGUGCAGACGCGCCACAGCUACCAUGGGCAGGAGGCGAUCUACCAGAACUGCGCCAACCUGCCGCUGGGCGUGCAGGCCAGCGCAGUUCAGGUGCAGUCGCAUCAGAUUCACACGCAACACCAGGCCGUACAUACGGCGCACCACAUCCACCAAAUGACUGAUACCGCGACGUACGGCAAGUUCGCUCGCAGCCCAACACGGCGGCCCGAAUCGCCACCACCGCUGCGCAACUAUCAUCAGACGAUGGUGCUCAUCCCGUACAAUGCCGAAACGUACCAUCGCUACACCGCCCAGGAGCAGGAGAACUAUCGACGUCAGCACAACAUCGUAGAGUAUCAGCAGGUCACACAGCAAACGAUCCGUGUUCCGGUUGGCUAUCCACUGCCCGGAAUGCAGCUCCACGUAGUGGCCGCCGGUGCACGAGCAGGUCUUCCACCACACUACUCCACCCUUCCCCGGCUGGGCACCAACACGGCUCCCGUGAACGCGUCCACCGGGACGGGCCCGUCGACGCAGGCCGCUCCGCCACCACCGCAAGGUAAACCGCCCGCCUACUCGCAAUACCCGUCCGAUGGCAAGCCGGGCGUGGUCAAGUUCACCGAGCGAGGUGCACCGGAAGGUGCGGCCAGUGUGCAACCGUCCGAUGCGACCCAGCUGCUCUCACCGACCGGCCAGGGUCAUGGGCCACCGGGCAUGCCGACAAGUAUGGCGUCAAGCAGCUCGGCCACCACGACGGCCGGCACUACGGCCGGCGCAGUAUCGUCGGGCGUGAGCGGCGCGCAGGGUGGUGGCGUGGUGGCGGUCGGUAGCCAGUCAGGUGGCAGCAUGCCGAACGCCUCCCAGCAGCCAUCCCAGGGCGCUGUUUUUUACGCCAUGAACGUUUGACAGGGCGAUUAGAUAAAGCUGACAAUACGGCUCGAGCGGGAGACGGAAUUGAGUGACAGUGCGGGGGCAAAAUGCGGGCUGCAGCAGGAAUCGUUCGAGGAGGAGGGUGAGGCCGAUCACUCAACGCAACCGUUAGCGAUCGACUACCAUUCUACCGGGGCCGCCCUGUGAAGGCCCGAUCACUACAACACAUACAACGACGCUAAGCAAAGAUGCGCAUCUUUCUUCAGCAGGGAAACCUCUAUUUUGAAUCCUUUCGUGGGACAGGAAAGAGCAGUUUGCACGGGGAACCAAUAUUUGUGUAUGUGUACUGUGUAUGUGAGGAAAGUUUCUAUGUCCAAUAUCAGAUCAGUCCGUGUGAGUGUGUGUGUGUGUGUGGAACAAUAAUUCGGAUUCCGAUUCCUGGCGUGUGUGUGAAAGCUCCGAGUUGUGCGUCUACAAUAUGUUUCCUGUUGGCAAAUCUUACAUCUACCGAUUCGAACAGCAAAAGGAAUCUCGAUGUGCGUUAGUCUGUGUAACUGUGUGUGAGUGUGUGUACAGAACCGGAAUGGUUGAUGGGGAGAUGGGGAUGGAAUUAUCGUUCCUGUGUUUACGGCAUCCAUUUUUCUUGCACUACUUUUGCCUGUAAGAAAUCGUAACGCGUGUACUUCCGGCGCACUGUUUAACCUUCGCGGUAGUAUUGAGUGAUGCGAUGCUUCGGUUUGGAUUCGGUUUCAUACACUUUCCCACUAGCGGCGGCUGUACGAUGGUGGGCGGCGAAUUGGUACCCCUCUUACGGUACCACAUUGCCCUUUCACCUCAACUCACUCUGUCACGCGGAACGAUUAAUUCGAAUCAUUAGCAACCAUCGAUAAUGAUUCACACACGAUAGUCUUACCUAUACGUGGGUGUGUGAGUGUGCGGUGUGAGGAAUCACUGCAGAAGAUGGAUCGUAAUCCGUGGCGUUGUAUCCUGUUUUUCCACGUGUGUAUGUAUGUGUUUGUGUGAAUGUGCUCCACAGUCACUUUUAGCACGAUUGAUCAAGUAGAUAGAGUUGGUUUGAAGGUUUGAAAAGAAGGUUUGAAGGAGUAGUGCAGCAGGGCAGCCAAUUUAUAACACUCAAAUCUAACUGUCUCAAUGAUUUAAGGGUGAAGUAAAAGCUUAAUGUAAGUCAACCAAAAAGAGUUGUGGAAUGGUGUACAUAGGAUAGGAAAGCAAAUAGAUUUAAUUGAGUAAGCAAGUCAUCUUGAACACACAACAUGAACGUAUCACUCAGCAAGGAAGUAGAAAAACAUCACGCUCAAAUAGGACAGCACUGAGAAAAUGUGUCGUGAGUGAGAGACGGAGAAAGAUAUUUAUAAACAUACAUGAAAGGCAUUAAAAAUCUUAUCAUAAAAUCAUCUCCACCAAGAAACGAAACAAAUAAUCUCCCAAAAAUCGGGAAACGGCUGAUGGAAUGCUAAAGAACAGGGGGUUGAUACUGAGCCGAAGGUUAUGAACGCUCUUUAAUUAUUUAACUAGUGCCAAAGGAUGCAUAAACCAACUAUACGUUGUUUUUUUUUUUUAAUUCAUUUUACAAUAAUAUUCUGUAAAUUUUAUUUGCGCAAAACACUGUCAUGUGAUAGUUGAUUAUUUUUUAUUCUACACAAACACACACUAUGCUUUUAAAUUACGGGUAUGUGUUUAGUGUACCGUUUUUGCACUCUACUCCUCUAAGCGAUUUGUUGCACACUGCGUAUACAUACUGUAAUGGGCGAGGCGGGAGAAAUAUGAGUAUUGUUAAAUUGCACCAAAGAUGCUCUCUAUCCAAAUAGCACGUCUAGUAGAGAAGAUACAUUAUAAAGAAAAAACUUCACACUACGAUAGCACUUACUUGCACGAGCUUUCCCAUCCACGCACGAUGCAGGCAAUAUAAACCCCGGCCUGUGGUGAUGCGUUAGUGGAUGGAACACUUUAAAAAAAAUCACAAAAGUCUUCGUUUUUGUUUAUCAAUCGAAUUUGUGUGCUUAAUGAUAGCUGAAAGACUUCCUGUUAUAUCUUUGACCUAUAUAUAUUAUUUACUUUUUCGCGUGUCCGGCGUACGCAGGUACAGAUAGUACAGAUACAGAUGGCUUGUGUUGGUGAAUGCAACGUGGCAGUGAAGCAUUGAGCAAACCGGAAGAGAAAAUUGAGAAGUAAUAAAACACAUUAAAGAAAAGGGCAUGAGAGAAAAUUAUAAAGCAUCUCAUCAAGGAACGUUAACAGAAGUAAAAAGGAAAUGCUAAUAACUCAUCGCACUAACAUGAAACAAAACACUGAACUACAUUCAUCGCAAAGCAGAAACAUCGUAUUAAAAAUGGCUGGUGGAAUUAACUAGAAUAGUGGGCACUUGUAAAUCGCACAAAACUGAAAGCGUUAACGCAGAAGCAAACUAACAUGUAAAACCACACAAAUAUCCACACAAAAAAAAAACCUUGCAAAUAAACUGUAGUGAAGGAAGAAUAACUGAUAAACAAUGCAGCAAACAGAAGGUAGUAGUAGAAACAGUAGAAAGAACCCCCUAAUAAAUAGCGUAAGUAAUGAUACAUACUGCAAGUGCAUGGCAAAGCGUAGUUGGUAGUGACUUAGUGAACAGAUUUGUUUCAUUUUUUUGCAUACAAGUAAAACGAACGAACGCAAGCGUUCUGGACAGAAAGUGCACAUAGGUAAGCAUGCAAGUAGAGCGGAAAUGCUUGCGACAGGAGAGCGAUAGGCUCUUUGCGAAUGUUUAGGGAAGCAAACGAAGUGAAAAGGGGAAGAUAGUGACAGCAAAACCAAUAGCUUUAGUCCCGAAGGUUAGUAAUACAGUUAGUAGCAAAGUAUAGUACGUAUUCAACUGAAAGACAAGGGAAGGAAGUGCAAAACAGUAAAAAUUCACAAACAGAAUCGAGACAAGGAACUCUCCAACUAGGUAUGGAUGAUAGAUCCUGGCAGGUAGAAGUAAAUGCAUGGCAAAGAAUGAACAUAGAGCAGACAAAAACAAGUAGCGUCAACCAAAAACAGACAUAUAAACAGAAACCAAUGCUGAUUGCAAUGCAACUACAUAUAACCAUCUUACCCAAGGUAUAUAUAUAUACAUACAAAGAAACAAACAAAAUCGAGCAAAUAACAAAUAUAAACCCAAGCAUAUAUGGAAGAAAA